AUGGCUUCACAUCAAGAACAAAGCGACUUGGAUAGGAUAAGAGCCGAACUUGAGCAUGUCAAGCUAGAAAAUGCUAGACUAAAACUUGAAUCCGAGGUCACUGGUAUUGAAAGGGAAUUGGAUAGCGACCCCGAAGUUGGUGUAGAGGAAGAACCUUGCAUAGAUUUUAACGUAGGAAGAAUAAUCAGGAAACGGACGGCGCCAGAACCAGUCAUGGCUCCUAAGAAGCCGCAUCUUGCCGUGGAGCAGGCAUGCAGCUCCUGGAUGGGAAACGAGGUCAGCUGUGAUCGCCCACUUGAAACUGCCGCUCCAGACAAUUGUUCGAUGAGAAGACAGGUCCCCACGGUGGUUGGCUGUAACGUACAGACCCAGACAGACGAACCUAGGGUAAACAAAUGCGAUGUGUGCGAUAUCACCUUCGGCAACCAGGCCAUGAUGUUUGUACACAAGGGUUGCCAUUGUGUCGACAAUCCUAUGAGAUGUAAUGUCUGCGGUGAAACAUGCCAUGACGCAAUGGGUUUCUAUAUCCACAUAACCAUGGGGCAUACUGCCAAAUGA